AUGAAUAUUGAAUUUAAGGGAAUGUGGUCUAUAAGUAUGAUACAAUUAAACAUGCUAAAUGGAUUAUCAAAUUUUGCUUAUCAUUAUUAACUACAUUCGGUUGCAUACUUCCUUGCUUUUUGUGAUAUGGAGUCUUUAAAAAUAAAGAUCGUCUAGAUUUUUCUAAAGUAAGAAAAGCAUGAGGAUAUUUGUAUAAUGAGUACAGGAUUCAUGUUUAUUUCUGGGUAACACUAAACAUAAAGCGAGAAGAAAUCAUUACGAAAUGAAUUUAGAAAUCUGAGGAAGCUUAACAAAAUUAACUGA